GAAAGUCAAGGCGCGUGUUGGUUGACUCACCGGCAUCUGUUAGGUCGCCGUUAAAAUGGCUGACGGCGUCAACGGAGGAGGAGGAGGAGAUGGCGGCUCUGCUUCGCGGCCGCACCGGCUGCCGCGGUGGACGCGGCGCGAGAUCAUGGUGCUGGUAGAGGCGAAACGGGCUGCGGAGGGUAGAGGGAGGGGGGCCCGCGGGCCCCGAUCGGCGGCGGGGGAGACGAAGUGGGAGUGGGUGUCGGCCUACUGCCGGCGGAAGGGGGUGGACCGAGGGAUGUUGCAGUGCCGGAAGCGGUGGAGCAAUCUGGCGUGCGACUUCAAAAAGGUACGGGCGUGGGAGGGCGGGGAAGGGGCGGCGGCCGGUGAGUCCUUCUGGGCUAUGAGGAACGACUGCCGGAGGGACCGGCGGCUGCCUGGGUUCUUCGAUAAGGAGGUCUUUGACAUCCUUAACCGGACUGUGCUGAACGAGUUGGAGGCGGAGGAGGAGGAGGAGGAGGCGGAGGUCAAGGUUCGCGACGGUGGGGAGGGGGAAAACGAAAAAGAGGAAGACGAAGUGGAAGUGGAAGAGGAGGAGGCAGUCUUUGAUAGCGGUCGGACUGCAGCGGAUAAUGGUUUGUUCUCCGAUUGCGAGUACGAAAAUGGGAUGGGUGGGCAAGAGAGGCUGCCGCCGCCGAUUGCGGUGACGCCAAUAUCUGAGAGGAAGUUCGAGCCAUUUCAACAGGAAUUUUCGGAUCCAGGGAUCAUCAACGACAGACAACCAGCUAAUGACCAUGAGACACAAUCAUCACAAGGACUGAAGCGGCGGCGCAUUUCACCAGAAGAAGGAAGUAGCAAUUUCGACAACCAACUGAUCAAAAUCAUAGAGAGAAACAACAAGAUGAUCGUGUCACACUUCAAUGCUCAAAAUGCCAACUUACAGCUGGAGAGGGAUCAAAGGAGGGAGCAAGCUAAUAGUCUUCUUGAUGUUCUUAACAAACUUGUCGAUGCUGUUGGAAGAAUUGCAGAUAAACUAUAAACUUCUGAGAUGAUUGAUGAAUGGAGCACAUAGGACGUCGACAAUCCAUUGUGUUUUGCAAAUUUGAGCAGCAACAACAAAUUAGACAUUGUAGGAACACCAUUUCUUUAUUGAUUCUGGGUGGUGGUGUAUUGUUGGUAGGUUUCUAAUUGGCAAAGGUGGAUAAGAGACAUUUUAGAGAUGAAUUAAUAAUGAUUGUAAGUGUUGAAAAUAGACAGGGUUUAGCUGAUCAAUUGAUCAAUAAAUCCUGUUGUGGGCUGGUUUCAAUUCCUUCUCCUGUAAUGAUCAACUUUGAACUUUCUUCUCUUUUACUGAAAGCAUGCAGAUGUACAUGUGCAAUUAUGAUCA